AUGUUGAAGUUCAACCAGGCUGGUAGUCGCAGGUGGACCCAUUUUCACUCCGCUCUGCAGCUAGCUGUCCAACGCUCGGCGCGCAAAUGGACAUUUGACGACUUCGCAGAAUGCUUCCCCCUCUAUGUCCAGGAAGAUAAGAACAGUGCAACGGCAACCUUCACUAGCAUCUCUGACUACAUUGAAGGCCAGACUAUCAAUGACCUAGACAAACUCUUCAACGACUACAAUGUCCAGGAGAAUAUCGACAUUUUGCACAAGAUCGUGACGGAUGCAAAGGAGCGAAAGGCCAAAGGAGAGACAAGGAAGGAUGCCUGGAGGGAAGACUUGGAUCCUCACGUCGCUGUGUGCGCGAAAACGGGUCCGAUUCUCGAGAAGGAAAUUCAGCGACUGAAGCAGCAGUUGGCGGAGAGCGAAGAACUUAAUCGUCAGCUCCAAGCUGAACUGGAGGAAACCACCCGGCAAACGGACGAAAUCAAUGCCCAAGCGCAUCAACUGGUCGACCACCUCGACCAUGCAUGCGAAGAAUGGGAGAAACUUCCUCUAGAAGAGAUCGAGGCCUGGACAGUGCAAAUGGCAGAGUCGUUGAAGCCAUCUGCUCAAUUCCUACCCUGGCACAGAUAUUACAUCUUCCUCCAGGAGACCGCUCUCCGCGAAGAAUGUGGAUACCGUGGUCCAAUCCCAUAUUGGAACUGGUCUCUCGAUGCCGACUCGAAAAAGCCUCUCACCCAGUCUCCCGUCUUUGACUCUAAAACGGGGUUCGGUGGUGACGGGGUUCCCGGGACUUAUACCAUUCCGCCCGACCCCUUGCACCUGGGCGCGAUAGACAUCUAUGCCUACGGCAAGGGGUGUGUUCAAUCAGGACCUUUCAAAGACUACAGCCUCACCAUUGGUCCUGGAAAACUCUUCACAUCCCACUGUCUCGUCCGGAACAUCAAUGAAACAUACAGAUCCUAUCUCACGUCUUCCGCCAUACACAAUCUCAUGCAGCAACCGAACUAUAGUUCAUUCCGAAGUGAGCUGGAAGGCAUCCCUAGCACCACGGAUCGACGCGUCCAUGACGCAGGACAUUUGGUGGUUGGCGGUGAUAUGGGCAACCCCUACUCGAGUCCCACAGGCACGUCGAUUCCACUUCCUUUCGCUCACGUACUGACACUUCUGACACCCGACGAACUGGAUUCGAUUCCAACCCUCUCCGUCUUCCAAUCCCAAUCACGACCGCUCUAA